AUGUCCGACAGAGAUUCUGCUGGGGAGGGUUCCUCCAGCUUGAGUAAGCGAAAGAGAGCUAUCAGCGAUGCGCCUCCACCGCGACCCAUACCCGUCGCGACUCCAAAGGAUGCUGAGGACACUUCGUCCGACGACGACAUAGGGCCUACCUUGCCCCCAGCCGGUGGGUCAAAAAAAAAGAAGCGACGAACCCUUCCCCACGAGAAACUCUACCUGUCGGCAAUGCCAUCCUCGCCGCGAUACUCCAAGUCGUUAAUGCACCGGGAUAACCUUAGCUUCGUGACAAUGACACCGUUUACGGAUUUUCUGAUUACAACAAGUGCGGAUGGUGUCGUAAAGUUCUGGAAGAAGGUGGCCGUAGGGAUUGAGUUCGUGAAGAUGUUCCGCGCACACACCGCGGAUAUUGUGAGCGUCAAUGUUAGUAGCGAUGGGCGGUGUUUUGCUACGGCCGGAGCUGACAAUAGGGUUGCCGUUUUUGACGUGGACACUUUCGAUCUUUUGACAACCCUUACACUGCCAAAUACUCCACGAGCCAUUUGUUGGGUGCAUAAACGUGGAUCUUCCUUGCCAUUGCUAGCAAUUUCAGACACCGAGACAACAGCGAUUAAUAUCUACGACGGUCGACCGGAGAGUAUGAAGGUUCUCGCAACAUUACCAAAGCUCCAUAGAGCUAUCGUUCAUCUGAUGUCUUUCAAUGACAAGUACGAUACGGUGGUGUCGUGCGAUGAAGGUGGGAUGAUAGAAUACUGGAGCCCACAUUCUGAACGUGAAUUCGAAAAGCCAUCCUCAGUUUUCGUGUUCAAAUCUGAUACCAGCCUCCUGGACUUCAAGCGGGCAAAAUCAGUACCUUCCUCGUUAGCGAUCUCCCCAACUUGUGAACAAUUCGCUACGUUUUCAUAUCCUGACCGUCAAGUCCGCGUCUUCGAUUUCUCCUCCGCAAAGCUCUACAGAUCAUAUGACGAGUCCAUCAGCACCCUGACCACGAUCCAGCAAGCAGCUUCCUCAGAUAGAAAGCUCCCGGAUCUUGAAUUUGGCCGCCGCAUAGCUGUAGAAACAGAUCUAACCUCGCUGUCCUCCCUCACAAAACAAAACAUAAUAUUUGACGAAUCUGGCUACUUUAUAAUCUACGGAUCCCUUGCGGGUAUCAAAAUCCUAAACAUGACUACAAAUACCUUACCCCGUCUCCUCUCAGCAGAAGAAGGGAUUCGCCCAAUGCACCUAGCAAUCUAUCAAGGCGCCCCGAAGAAAAAAUCCUUAAUGACCGUAGAGAUGGCGGCAUCCGCGAACCCGCUCCUCAACGAAUCCACCGAACGAGACCCUAUGAUCGUCUGCACAGCCUACCAAAAACCCCGCUUCUAUAUCUUUACCAACGACUCUAGCGCUUCAAAGUCUGAGCGCGAUAUCUUGAAUGAGAAGCCGGCCCAGGCAAACCAGGCGAGCGCCGGCCCCAUCGCUACAACGGUAAAACAGGAAAGUGGCCAGGCGGCAAUAAUGCACACCUCGCUUGGCGACAUCCAUGUACGACUAUUCCCGGAGGCUGCGCCAAAAACCGUGGAGAACUUUGUCACACACGCCAGAAGCCAAUACUACAACGGGACCAUAUUCCAUCGUGUCAUCAAGAAGUUUAUGAUACAGGGUGGGGACCCGCUUGGCGACGGUACCGGCGGAGAAUCGAUCUGGGGUGGGGAGUUCGAGGAUGAGUUUUCCACGCUCAAGCACGAUAAACCGUAUACGCUGUCAAUGGCUAAUGCUGGCCCAAACACAAAUGGGUCACAAUUCUUCAUUACCACGGAGAAAACACCCUGGUUGGACAACCGCCAUACUAUAUUCGGGCGAGCCACGCAGGGACUGGAUGUCGUGCACAAGAUCGAGAACGUACGCACAUUCAAGGAGAAGCCGGAGGAUGAUGUGAAGAUUAUUAGUAUCACUGUGUUGUAA